UACUUAUACAGAUUAAUAUGACACACGACGAUGUUUCAAGAGUAAAAGUUGAGUUAAUUCCUAUGAUUCAAGAAAGUCUAACCGAAUGGCAUAUUAUCCAUUUCUUUGGGACCACACCAUCUGAAUCUCCUGCAAUUGAAGAUUUUAGUUCUCAACUUUCAUCUUUACAAAUUGAUGGCAAUGAUGAUAAAAGGUCGUGGAAUGAGAGGCUUGGGAAGUGUGAUUUUCCUCUAGCUUUUAUCCUAUUAUUAAGUAUGCAAAGUUCCUCUGGAGAUCUGGGCCACCUCUCUUUCAGAAGACACUCCAAUCCCAGCAGCUUAAUUAGUUUAAGUCGGGAGUUCACUAGCUGGAUAAUAUGGGGAAGAGAUGGAAAAGAAUCUUCUAUAUCUUUCAGCCAUUCAAUUGAUCUUGCACUAGUCUUACUUAGACAUGGCCAGUUUAAUGCUGCCGAGUAUCUGCUUACUUUGGUGGAUGCAUAUUCACACAAGGAGAAAAUAUUUGGAAGCCUUCAGGUUGUGGGUGGGAAAUUACCCACACUCCUCCAUCUUCUUGGAUGUUGUCUUGUUGCUCAGACACAAAAUGGAUUGUAUCGCCCAUUUAAAGACAGGAAACUCAGUGAAUCCGUUCGCUGCUUUUUCAGAGCUGCAUCACUGGAAGGAGCUUCCCAGGCUUUGCAAAGUUUGCCACAUGAAGCAGGAUGGCUGAGUGUUGGUUUCACUGGUUCUCUCCCGCCUGCAGCAUGGAAGCUUCAAUAUUAUCAAUGGGUGAUGCAGAUAUUUGAACAAUAUAAUAUGAGUGAAUCUGCUUGCCAAUUUGCUCUGGCUGCACUUGAGCAAGUUGACGAAGCUCUUAGUCCUAUAGAUAGCAGCUCCAGGGAAGAUUUCCUUGGGGAAUCAGUAACUUCAGUAAAGGGCCGACUUUGGGCAAAUGUCUUCAAGUUCACUUUGGAUCUUAAUUACUACCAUGAUGCAUAUUGUGCAAUAAUUUCAAAUCCUGAUGAAGAGAGCAAGAAUAUUUGUUUGAGGCGUUUCAUAAUCGUUCUUUAUGAGCGUGGUGCAAUAAAGGUGUUGUGGCCAUUCUUGCCUUUGUCUCUUAUUUCUAUUUUCUUCCCUUGGCCUAUUUGUUCCCUUUGCCAUAUAUUUUCUGUAUGUAGCAUUUGACUUUCCAUAUUUAUGUGUAGAAGAGAAGAUAUUAAGUGCAGACUAUAUUAAAUCAUAGUU